AUGGCCCGUACGAAGCAGACAGCUCGCAAGUCCACCGGUGGCAAGGCGCCCCGGCAGCAGCUUGCAACGAAAGCGGCUCGCAAGAGCGCGCCGGCGACCGGCGGUAUGAAGAAGCCGCAUCGUUAUCGGCCUGGCACCUUGCCGUUCCAACGUCUAGUGCGCGAGAUCGCUCAGGACUUCAAGACCGAUCUGCGUUUUCAGAGCUCCGCCGUCAUGGCAUUGCAGGAAGCUAGCGAGGCCUAUUUGGUUGGCCUGUUUCGAAGAUACAACUUGUGCGCGAUCCACGCCAAGCGCGUAACCAUCAUGCCCAAGGAUAUUCAACUAGCUCGGCGUAUUCGAGGAGAACGCGCUUAGACGCCUGUCGUCCUAU